GAUGUCAGACCCAUGUCGAACCAUUUGUCGGAUAGUGACUGAUCGGAAUAAUGGAGUGUCGGAACAAUCCAGACCCCCCUUCAUGGCGGUAGUGCACUAAGUAUGCAAACUGCCAAUAAACCUUAUAGAAGAUGAGCGGCCUUCACCUCGUGGGCCGCGUCCGCGUUUCAGUAGCCUGCCAGCCUACAAUCAAUGCAAGCGGAACACUCGAAAAAUCUUUGGCCAUGACCCCGUGCAGAAUUACGAAGUCCAACUUGCAGUUCUGCAUUUGCCAACACGGAAUUCAUUUUGAGAUCAGAAACAUGUAGCCUACCUACGCCCUGAAAGAAGAAAGCUAACUCUAGCAUAGCCUGCGUAUAAAAACAACUGCUUGAACUUGUCACCAAAUGGAAAAGGCUAUCACAAAAUGUUAGCUAAAUUUCCCAUGAUCAACCAUCACCACAGAGUCCAGCGGAAGUAUUUGACUGAUUAGAGAAGACAAACGGCAACGAACCAGACGGGCUCUGAACUAACACAACUCAGUAUCAGGAACUGCAACAUAAUCGCUGCGUUCCAACCGCCAUACAAAACGAAGAAGUUGUCUUAACUCAUUCCAUUCGUUGUCUGCAAACCAAACCACCUCCGCCGCCAAAGAAGAACGGCUCGAUCGAUCAGACACAGGCGUCGGUCAAAUCUUGCUGAUCAGAUUGUAAUUCGCCACGCUACAGAAGUCAGAGAUGAUGAUGUCUCCUAACGCAAGAAAAGAGGUAAUGUCCGAAACUGUCAAAAUUAUUGAACGCAAGCUUCAGCCUGUCCAGUUAACCCAAAUGUUGGCUUCAAAGUAUGUGCGUGUGAAGCAGACAGCCAAGGAGAGUUACCCCAACCUUAUCCAGAACUUCCCCACACACCUCAUCGAUGUGGGAUUGGACAUCCACUUUGAGGUUCAGUACCAAAAGCAAACCUCCUCACAGCUCAUGGCCUUUCUGAAGACCAACUGUAAAGCUCAGUUCAUCACACUGUUGACCUUCAUCAGACGUGAACUUGGCAUCAAUGAAAGAGCCGACACCCAGACGUACCUGAUGAAAGUGGCCUCUGGCCAGACGAACACAGGCUCAGCGGCAGAUCCAAAGGCCGAGGUGGCACCGACAAGCCCUCCGAAGACAGAACAAGGUGCUGACUCACUAGACAUCAGUGGGCCCGUCUUCAAAGUGAAAUGUGCAAGUAACGGCACAUUGAUCUACAGUUGCAUCAUAGCCACCCGCAAUGAGCUGUGGGACCUCAGCGACAUCUGCACAGGGGUGAGUCAUGCUCUGUCAGAGGCUCAGAGCAUCAUGGGAAGUGGGCCUUCUUUCCCUCAGCAGGUCACGAGCCUUGGGUGCAGCCCUGACCCAGAGAUGCCCCCAGCAUCCCAUCACGGUGAAGGAGAGAAGAACAUCGGAGGUUGUACUGACACAGGGCGGGGGUUGGGAAGCGCCACAGUUUCUUCUGUGGCAAUACCUCCAUUUCAGAUUCGCAAGUUCGAGGAGAUGGCCGUGGUGGUGACGCAUGUAGUGGACCCAGGCCACUUCUACAUCCAGCACCAGGACUCCAAGCUAAUGGAGCUCUCCGCCCACUUGGACUUCAACAAGUGCAACACCUGCCUUGCCCAGAUGGACAGGGUUCCUGACAUCGGAAGCUACGCCAUUGGUUGGUUUCCCCAGCAACAGCAGUGGGGCCGGGUCCAGGUGGCCAAGAUAUGUGGGGUGAAUGGAGAUGCCUUUCAUUGUUCGACUGGUUAUGGAAGCAUCAAGAACAUUGAGGUAGAGGUGCAGAGAGUCGAUUUCGGAGAUUCAGCUUGCCUCUCUCUGAAGGACCUCAGGGAAUUGAGCAAAGAGGUGGCAACCUACCCUGCACAGGCUUUACAGGUGGCUCUGACAAAUGUGAGGCCAUUAGAUGGGGAGGGGUGGACGGAUCAGGCAGUGAGCUGGUUCAAGGACAAGGUGAGCAACAGGACUUUCUAUGCCAGAAUCUUUCCUCAGGACCCUAGAGUCACAGUGGAACUGUUCAUGGAGAGGGGCAAGAUUGGAGCUAUGAGAAGAGGAGCUUCACUGUCUUUGAGACUGGCUCAGAAUGGACACGCCAAUCAUAGUCAGUUAAAGAACACUGGCCUGAAGAGAAGUCUUGCUCAGGAGCGGUCAAGGAAAGAGGCAGUGGCGUGGGAGAAAUACCUCAUGACCUGCUAUGUCCACAACAAGAAGUACCUGGAAUCGAAAAUGAACUGGGGGACCUUUUAUGCCGUGGUAAGCGGUGUAAACAGGCACUCCACGGGCAUCGGUCGCGUCUGGCUCUCCGUAAUCUUCAUCUUCCGCAUCCUGGUGCUGGUGGUGGCCGCCGAGAGCGUGUGGGGCGAUGAGAAGGCCAUGUUCAUCUGCAACACGCAGCAGCCCGGCUGCAACAGCGUCUGCUACGACCACUUCUUCCCCAUCUCCCACAUCCGCCUCUGGUGUCUGCAGGUCAUCCUGGUGUCCACACCGGCCCUGCUGGUCGCCAUGCACGUGGCGCACCGUCGCCACGUCGAGAAGAGGAUCCUGAGGAUGUCGGGCCGGGGGAGCAAUGCCAAGGAGCUGGAGCAGAUCAAGAACCAGAAGUUCAAAAUCGUCGGUGCCUUGUGGUGGACCUAUACCAUCAGCAUUGUCUUCCGUAUCAUCUUCGAGGUGGCUUUUCUCUACAUCUUCUACGUGAUCUACCCAGGUUUCACCAUGGUGCGUCUGGUCAAAUGUGACUCCUACCCUUGUCCCAACACUGUGGACUGCUUCGUCUCCCGGCCUACAGAGAAGACCAUCUUCACCGUCUUUAUGCUGGCCGUCUCUGGAGUGUGUCUCCUGCUCAACAUCUUCGAACUGGUGUACCUGGUGUGCCAGGCGUGCGGGAGGUUCUGCCAAGGAUCUGACAAAGAGGACAGAGGGCCCUGGAUAAGUCAGAAGCUCUCGUCCUACAGACAGAACGAGAUCAAUCAGCUGAUAUCAGAGCACUCGUUCAAGGGCAAGUUCACCGUGGGUCGGAAAACCCCAGAGAAGGAGGAGAGGUGUUCUGCCUGCUAGCCUUUAAUGACACUCUCUCUUAUUCUCCUUCUUUCACUCUUCCACUUUCUCUCUCUUUUUUCUUUCUCCUGCUCUCUCUCUCUCUCUCUCUCUGUCUCUCUCCCUAAACUCUAACUGGUCACUGCUAAUCAUUCUGGAUUACAAGCCACAGUAUUGACAUCAUUCAUUUUACUGACAAGGGCAAGAUGUUGUUUUCUGUGGCAGGAACCGUUUGCUGUGUUUCAAUGUCAAAGCCGUUUUGAAGCUUAAAAAAAUGAGUGAGGAGUCCCAAAAUACGGUGCAAAUGUCCAUUACUUUCAUGUGGCUCCUGUCAAAAGUGCUGAGAUGUCAAAACGCAUUACUGUGGAAGAACUGCAGAUCAACAGAAUGGAUCAAAGGCGGGAUGGAAACCGAGUAAAUUAUUUUCAGGGUGAGAUUCCAACGGGCUCUUCACCAUAAAAAGAACAAACUGCUGUCAAGAUACAGUACUGGCACUUUUUGACAACAAAGGCACAGAAACAAGAAAGGGGAAUUUUACUUUUUGCCGCUUGUUUUUGAGUCAUUGUGAUUCACUCUGUUAUGCAAGUGAAAGAGAGAGGAGAUAUACAGUUUGUACAUCACAGCACAGUAAAACUGCAGAGCAGGGCUUUUGGCAUCCAAACAACCAGAUGAAAGCACAAGUGUGUAUUUUAUUAUCCAUAAAACUUGAGUUUGUUAAAAAUUAUGUUUGGAUGUAGUUUGAACUAAUCGCUAGAUGACUUUAGAAAUUCCAUAUAAAGAUUUUGAAUGGUAUAAAGUAUUGAACUCUGCUUAUUUAAUGAUGUAAAUGGCAAGCAUGUGUUGGGAAAUUCUACAAGGGAAAUUCUGAUCAUAGUUCCUAUUGCUCUUUACAAGUCAAAAGUUAUCGCUAGCUAAUCCAUCUGUCUUAUUCUAGCCAGCGCGACCUGUUGACCCGUGACUAAGGUCUGUUGUUUUUACAGUAGGUCACAUGGGCUAAACGUAUGAAUAGCAUAGGCUACAAUGGCAGCACCCAUUUUAUCAUUUCAGUAACGUGUCUCACUAUGACCAUAAGUAUAUGCCUCACUUUUGGGGCACUUCACUUAACAGGAAUUCAUUUUUUUUUUCAUGCUGUAAAAAAGUGCUGCUUUUGUAGUUGACAUUGUAACAUUGCUCAGAGUAUUUGUAAUCAAGUUGGUCUCUUUAAGCAACACCAAGUGAGCCACACAAUCACAAAA